UCUAUCUGUUUAUCUUUUCUUUUUUCAAGUUUUUUGUAUGAUAAUUGUUUAUAAAGCCGACAGAAAUAAGUUGGAUUAGAAAUGAAAUCUAUAUAGGUGGGGUUCGUGUGUUCCCAUUUGACAAAUACAUAAGACCCAUAUAUUUAUAGAAUUUUUUUUUUCUUUUUUUCUUGUUGGCAUCUAAUUUAUCGAAUUCAUUUCCUGUUUAUAUCAGUAUAGAGUCAGUUCAGAUAGCCUUUUGAAGGCCUUUAUAAUCUAAUUUCUUUUGUUUCAUUGAUUUAUAUAAGUUUAGGGUGGUUUGCAAUUGAAGUACCAUUAGCCCAUUAACUGCAUAACAAAGUUUUGCCUUUUUGUAUUGUUUUUUCCUUCCCUUUCAAUUGUUUGGGACCGGAUUGGAAAAAAAGAGGAGGAGAAAGCAGUCGUGAAUGGAAGAAAGCAACACAAGAAGCAAGUUCAGGAGGGUUUGUGUCUUCUGUGGGAGCAACUCUGGCUACAGAAACGUCUUCAGUGAUGCUGCUCUUGAAUUGGGCAAUGAACUGGUGAAGAGGAAGAUAGACUUGGUGUAUGGCGGAGGAAGUGUCGGGUUGAUGGGUUUGAUUUCGCAGAGAGUUUUUGAUGGAGGUUGCCAUGUUCUUGGGAUCAUUCCAAGAGCUCUCAUGCCUCUUGAGAUAUCUGGUCAACCCGUGGGAGAAGUAAGAACUGUUUCGGACAUGCAUGAGCGUAAAGCUGCAAUGGCUCGAGAAGCUGACGCCUUUAUUGCUCUUCCUGGAGGAUAUGGUACCAUGGAAGAGCUGUUGGAGAUGAUAACAUGGGCCCAACUUGGAAUUCAUACAAAACCGGUUGCUCUGCUGAAUGUUGAUGGGUACUAUAAUUGCUUGCUGGCAUUAUUUGACAAUGGGGUUGAAGAAGGAUUCAUCAAGCCAGUUGCUCGGCGUAUAGUCCUCUCUGCUCCAACUGCAAAAGAACUAAUAAUUAAGAUGGAGUACAUUCCUUUCCAUGAACAUGUUUCUUCUCAUGAAAGCUGGCAGAUGGAAAAACUUGGUAAUUAAUAAUUAUGCAGGGCAAGAAAAGGCACUCUGAUUAUGGGGUUAGGUCUUUCUCUUAAAUUUACUUUCUGAUGUGAUUCAUCAUCAAGUAGUGCUAUUUGAUGAAGACCUUUACACCACACACUAUCCGCAAGAAAUAAUUUGAUUUGUAAGAUUCAAAUUUUAAAAUUUAUCUUCCAGAUCAAAUCAUGCCACGUGGAUGGUGUGUGGUGUAAAGGACUUCAAAUAAAAUUAUUCUUUAUCAUCAUCCAAGUGGAAAAGUCUAUAUAGAUAUGGAUGGGACCAUAUAUUGUUCAUUCUCUGUCUGAAUUGCAGUGAAUUCGUAUAAGCAGCUUUCUUAGGUGAACUUGGCCUUCCAUUAAAUGCCAAACUGCAACUCACAUGGAUUUCUCAAGGGAUCAUCAACUUGAUGUCAUGGGCACCUUCCCUCUGAUGAGUCAUGACUGACUCCUCAUGAACUAGACGGUUGAUUAUGAAGUAAUAUAAACACAAUCUUCUUUGAUUACUGAAUGUAAUAAAUUAGAUAUACAUGUAAGAAGACAAAUAGUUAUGCAGAAAAUAAGUAAAAAUCUCUCAAGCUUUUCAAA